UCCCUCCCCCUUUCUUUCACUCCCCCGGUCUCGGUCUCCUUCGUUUCUCCACCGUCCCUCUUCUUCCGCUUCGCCUCCCCCUUUCGCGCAUCCACCGCCGGGCGGCGUAGAAGAGGAGGAAGACGACGACGACGCGUGCCGCACGACGGUGAAGAAAACUUGCGGCCGACGGCGGGCAGUCGUUACUCGAGUUUACCGAGCCGCGACGGUAAUCUCUCGCCGUUGAACCGUUUGCUCGCUCGCUCGUCUGUCUGUCUCGUCUCGUCUCGCGGCACACUUCGUCACGAGGUCGCGGCCGCGCGGGAAGGAACCCGAUCGCCGGCGCCAAGGGGAAGUAACGACGAUCGCGGAAGAAGAGGCGCCGAGGUUGUUGCCUCCGAGCGAGGGUGGUGUGUCCGCGUGCCGUGCGUUUAUGUGCGCGGUCAGGUGACAGGAGGAGAGGCUACGACGACCAACACACGGGGUGCUGUCGCUGCUGCUGCCGCCGCUGCUCCUGCUCCUGCUCCUGCUGCAACAAGAUUACAUAGUCGCCAACGGGCUGCUGCCGGCUACGUGGUGCUCGCGAACGAGGGUUGCUCGGUGGCGGCGACAACGGAGGUGGACCGUCUCGCGGUAGAGAGCAAAGGAACGUGGAAUAGCAGAUACUAUUCAAGAUGACAAGCGCAGUGACAAGCCUGGUGCACCAUUAUAGGGACCUUAUGGACAAUCAGUCCGAUUCCAGGGUGAAUGACUGGGCGAUGAUGAGCAGCCCCUUUCCGACCGUGGCGAUAUGCCUGUCGUACGCUUACUUCAGUAAGAUUCUGGGACCGAAGUUGAUGGAAAAUAGAAAGCCUUUCGACCUUCGGCGGGUCCUCAUAGCGUAUAACUUACUACAAGCCCUCUUCUCCUCAUGGAUAUUCUGGGAGUAUCUUCAGAGCGGUUGGCUGAAAGGCUAUAGCUUCCGAUGCCAACCGGUGGAUUAUUCGUCCAGCUCCAUGGGCCUCAGAAUGGCAAGAACCUGCUGGUGGUACUAUUUUAGCAAAUUUACCGAGUUCUUCGAUACGCUGUUCUUUAUUCUGAGAAAGAAGAACCAACACGUCUCAACGCUUCACGUAAUUCAUCAUGGGGUAAUGCCUUUUUCCGUGUGGAUGGGGGUGAAAUUUGCACCGGGCGGCCACAGCACAUUUUUUGCCCUCCUAAACACCUUCGUGCACAUCGUGAUGUACUUCUACUACAUGCUGGCCGCGGUGGGGCCGCACGUCCAUAAGUACCUCUGGUGGAAGAAGUAUCUCACUACCAUGCAAAUGAUACAAUUCGUGAUGAUCAUGUGCCAUCAGUUCCAAUUGCUCUUCACCGAGUGCAACUAUCCGCGCGGUUUCAUGAUCUGGAUCGGCUUGCACGGUGUCCUGUUCCUCGGGUUGUUCUCGGAUUUCUAUAAGACGAAGUACACGAGCGGCGCGAAGAGAAGUUCCGAGAAGAAGAUGCAGAACGGCACAUCCGGUGGGGCCUGCAUGCCGGUUUUGGAUGGUAACGACUGCGCGACGCACAACGGCGUGUCCUCGUACGCCACGAUCUACAACAAGGAGUACAACAGCUGUUACAGCAACGGCACGAACAACGGCUACGUCGCCAACAAUAACAUCACGGAGAAGAAGCUCGCUUAGGACACGUGGGAAGCUCGGACAUUUCUUUCGGUGUGCCGGUCAACCGCUCGUCUUAUCGUACCUACAAUUACCAUUCGUCUAUCGUGAAAAAUCACUUCGCAACAUGUUCACAAACUUAGGCGUGAGAACACGAAGCCAGAUUACACGCGUGUGUAAGGAGGACAAAGGGACGAGGAUGAAAGAACUGGCAUGUAUAAAGCGAGACACGUCUCGUUAAAUAUUCUGCGUUGUUAGCAGAGCAGUAGUUGUGUUCACUAACAUAGUAUCAUCGACGAAAGGGCUGUUACGAUGUCCGUGUUAAAAAUAAUAGGAGUAAAAGGGAGAAACGCGAUUGCAGCUGAUCGCUAGGAAAAAGAAAACGUUGCGGAAUCUUCAUUAUCGAGUCUUGGUGAGAUACAGCGUGGUCUUUAAACUAGUGAUUUGUGACAUCUGCCAUACAGAAAAUAGAACAUCGAUAAUACUAUCGGGAAAUCGUUAAUAGUACAGAUAAGAGCAUUAGCGAAAAGAGAAAAAAAACGAGAAGACUUUGUAGUUUUCAUAUUUGACGUUACGGAAAAUUGUGCCGCGACUUGUAAAAUCUCUAAACUGCGACUAGUUUGGCAAUGCCGAUUAGAGAAUUGGGGGGGGGGGGGGGGUCGCAUUCGACGGGAUUCAUGAACGUGAGCACAGGCUGGAUAACAUUAAAGCGCACAUAACUUUAUAUGACGAGGAAUGUGGAGCAUUUGUCGUUGAUUAGAUAAUUAUACUGGCAAGAGCGGCGUGUUCGUUGUGCGUGCAAUUUUUUGUACUGGUACGUAAUGUACGUGUCGAAUACGAGUGUGGAUGUUUUUUAGUCGUACGUAAUUUUUCAAGGCAUUAUCCUCCCAUUGAGGCACAUUGCUGAUAGUAAACCCUUUCUCCCCUUUUUUAAUAUCAUUACCGACUCUGUCUCCUUCUAGCUCCGACUGUGUUCAAAGCUCCGGUGUUCUUAAAAAAAUUCGUACAGAGUGAAUUCGCCCGAGGUAUACAGAGUUGACUAAAAUUACAUUGGCAGUUGUAAAAGGAUUCGUAAAAAUGAUCGCCAAUAAGUUAUUGGAAAAUGCCUCGUUUCCCUUUCCUAACAACUUGUCGAGUUUUUCCCACGGUAAUUCUUUAUCUUGCCAUUAUUUAAUCAGUUUUCCAAACAUGACAAUCCUUAAUUAUUACGAUUGCAAAUUUACCUUGUAUUUCCCCUAAAUUGCUUUUAUUUUAAGUUCCCCAGACUUAUCUUGCUUGUAAAAUGUAUUUUAUUUAUAUUGUCCUGUAUCGCUAAAUAGCGAUAACCUGUUUAACGUUAAUAAUCUUUUCACUCUCUCUCUCUACUUUUCGUUGCUUAUUUUAACAUUGAUAAUUUUACUUUUUACCGCCCGUCGUUCCACAACUUCACGAAAACCUUACGAAUUGUUAGCGGCAUGUAUCAAAGUCAUCUCCAUUUAAUUCACCGCGUGGCUUGAUUCUACUACUAGUGGCACGGUGACGUCUAGAGUGAGCUGCCGAAAAGAAUUUGUUCGUCGCUUUGAUCGCUUUGUCAUCAAGCACGAACGCAAUGUUGAGAGCCGCACUGCGGCUCGCUGAUAUCGUGCACGGCGCAACACGGGCGCUUUGAUCGAUCCGAAAAGGUACACGACCAUUCAUCGCGAGAAUCACAAAGCUCUACUGUUGUAGAAUCAAGCUCCAGGAAAGGGAGCGUGCACUGUGAAUAACGAGCCUCUCUCUUACACGCAAUCCGCAAAUUUCGCGGUCGCGGAGAAGUGCGAGCGAGUGCAAAUGUGUCUCGAGAUGUCUUGUACACACGCACGCACACAUGCGCGAAUAUAUUCGAGGGGGAAGGGCAAAUGUUUAGAGAUCGUAAUAGUCGCACUAUAAGAUUAAUAUAUUUGUAUACACUUCCUAUUUUUAUGAAUAUAUUAUUUAUGGUGAUCCAGACUUAAUAAAAUCUCUGAUGAUAAAACGUUUCUCUCGACUGUAAUAAAUUCAACCUCGGCUAUUUUUACAGGCGGAUAAGCUAGCUCUAGCGAACGAAAGUGAGAGAAUUUAAAGCGUUAUAGUCUUACAUCGUGUUCGUCGGAAUGAGCUUCCUCAUGAAAGUACACACACACACACAUACACGAGCGACGAUCAGUUUGUGAGACAAUCGAAAAUGAGUGUCGCCACCGAGAAGCGUUCGCGCAUUUUUCUUCUCAUUUGUGCGUACAACGAGUAUCUCGCAUUUGUAAAACGUUCCAAUCCGAGCUUCAUCCAGACGCGCAAAAGCGCGUACAGAGCCCGAAUGUGAGUUAGAAAAACAUUAGCUAAUGAGAAUAAGUAUGUUUCCACAGAUUAUUAUGCGCUUAGAGUUAAUUUGUCCACGUAAAAACGCGUCUCCUACGUUCCCGAGUUGUCGCGACGCGUUUCGGGAUUGGCGUUGCGCGCUCGUCGCCGAUUUUGCACCGUCUAUUUGAGUCGUUCAUUACCUAUUUGUUUUCUCGAAGCUCAGCUUUCGUCACUGUCCGAUUCCAGGGGACUCUGGUCCACGUCUCCAUUGUAGCGAAAUACGAACGACAACGCAUAUAUGCAUAAUCUAAAAAACUGCCGUAACACGAAUAAAGAGCGUGCACAAAAUUUCGUAAGAGGCGCACGGAAUUGAAGGGCGGAGACCUAAACCGAGAGAAACGUCUAGCGAGUUCUCUCCCGAGCGUUUGGUGAUUAGGGCUUUGCGCAGAUCUUUUUAUCUUACGCACAAUUAAAAUGCGAUAAAAAGUAAAGUUACUUCCUAACUAGUUAGACGUCUAGGUGGUAGUUGAACGUACUGCGUUACGUUGCAUCUUAGUCUUGUUUAAGUUGUGAUAUUGCGGUAUAACAGUACUAAUUAAACGUGUUGAACGUGGGAGGAUAACAUUCGACGAGAUAGACGACGCGGCGUGAAUUGCAACUUUUUUAUGGGUAUCUUAAUUGUUUUUAGCGAGAAUAGCGAAUCGUGCUAGAACUGAAUGACCGAGUGUCAGCGACGGAUCCUGUUGCUCGAACAGAACGCACAGAAUCGAAGGAUCGCGCAAAACGUUUGCGCUCCCUCGCCGGAGACCGCCGAUAAACGGUUUGUAAAACUUUUGUCGGCGGAGCCCGAUCUUGGGAUUUUCUGGCUUUUCUUUCAUCCUUGUUAAUUAAUUAACGAGCGCAAUACUUUCCCUAGAAUGUCGUUGCUACUGCACUUUGCACCUUAUUGACUUAAGUAAGCGAGCGAAACCUUGGUUCGUCUCUCGCGCAUUGACCGCGCAAUAUUUUUUUCAACGAAAAACCGGAUCGGCCGCGACAGCUUUUGCGCGGCGCAGCUUGAAUCUCUUUCUAAAUCUAGUUAUUUAUGGAGGAAGUGACUACCGCUAUAUUUACUACGAGGUAAUUACAUUAAUGUUUCGUUCUUCUUGUAUUUCAAGCGACAUUUUUGCGAAACAAUUCCGGGAGUUCGUGUGAAACGGUAGACUACCGUAUAUACGCUGUACUUUGCUUAUUUGCAAAUUUAAAAUUGCGUUAUUCUUGAAACUUGUACGUUGCAUCUACGUUUUCCUAAAGUAAUUCUUUACUUUCGUUGUUUCCGUAACGAUAAGUUCCAUGCGAAGCGCAAAGAUCCGCAUCAAGACUUUAGAGUGUAAGGCCGAGUGAUAAAAGCGACACUUUCACGUGUACAUAUAUGUGGAAACGAGCGAUCUGUGCGCGUAUGGUGUGUGCUGUCACGUUUUACAAUUUCAUGUUUUCAGGCGCACUCGAGAGAUCCGCCGAAAGUGCGAGAAACUGCGACAAUGCCAGAGCGUAUCGCGUCAUGUACCUAAACGUUACGAGCUCUGUAAUGAUUCUCAUUAUAUUUUUGUACAUAAUUGGGGAGAAUUACGAGAGAACAAUAAAACGAUUGAAACGAAA